AUGUCGCUGUCGCCGGAGCGGAGUGACAGCACCGACAACGACGACGGGAAGAAUGGCGGCGCCGCCAACUUGCCUGAUGACCAGGUGUUCGAGUUGCUCACCCGCGUGCCGCUCGACGACCUCGCCGCGUGCCGCGUGGCGUCCCCGCGCUGGCGUAGCAUCACCUACGAGCCGGCGUUCGCGCCGCUGCACUGCCGCCGCGCCACCGCCGUCUCGGGAUACUUCGUCCAGAGCAUGCAGCGCAACCGCUACCGCGCCGACUUCGUCUCCAUGCACACCUCGCCGCCCAAGGCGGCGGUCUCGCUGGACUUCCUGCCGUCCGCGCACGUCCGCCUCGAGGCCGUGGCGGCGCACCGCGGCCUGGCGUGCUGCGUCGAGGCCGACACGCGGCGGCGGCCCUGCUACUACGUCUGCAAGCCAGCGACGCGGCAGUGGCGGGCGCUGCCCAACCCGCGGGCCCGGUUCCCCACGGCCGCCACGGCCAUGGUGGCGCGUCCCUCCGCCGCCGCCGCCGAGUUCAAGAUCGUGCGCCUCUCCAUCCCGGCGCUGCACGACCGGCUCCGGUGCGAGGUGUUCGACUCGCGGCGGUUCGCGUGGCGGCGCGCCGCGGACGUGCCGCUGUGCCCGGAGUCGCUCUACCCCUCCGCCCCCGCCGUGCGCGCCCACGGCGGCAUGCACUGGCUCCGGUGGCCCGACCGGACGGGGGCCCAGGACGUGUUCGCGUUCGACCUCAGGAGCGAGGUGUGGCGGCUGAUCCGGCUGCCGCGGGAGGUGGAGGAGAGGGACGACCCAUGGGCGCGCAAGCAUAUAUCGGCCGUGGAGGGGAGGCUGUGCCUGAUGGUGACCACGAUGGGCGUGGGCGAGGUGGAUACGCUGGAGGUGUGGGAGAUGGCCGGCUACGCGGAGGGGAGGUGGGAGAAGAAGAUGACGGUGAGCUUGAAGAGCCUCCACGCGCAGGAAGGGGACGGCGUCAUACUCCAGCACCUCCACUCCGCUGAUGUCGGCUUCUUCAAGACCUUCUACAGAGUCAUGUGGUACGAUUUCUUGAGAGGAAAGAAGGCAGCGGAGGUCAAAGUGGAUCACGUCUGCGUGCAAGAGAUCUUCAAGUUCGAAUCAGAUCUGAUCCCCUGCGAGUUAGGCGGCAAAGCACGCGCACCUUCCGAGGAGGUUCAGAAAGGAGACUACAUGUUCUGA